UUACCUUUCAAACAGGAUAAUUCAACAGUUAGGUGCGUUUUUUGGGACUUCAAUAGAAAUGGUGGACAUGGAGGCUGGUCAUAUGAGGGCUGCAUAGUAAAAGAAAGCAGAGCAAAUGAAACAGUCUGUUCAUGCAACCACCUCACAAGCUUUGCUGUUUUGAUGAACUUGUAUGGAAAUACUCCUUUAAAUCCCACACAGGAAUUGGUACUGACUUUUAUAUCCUAUAUAGGCUGUGGGCUCUCAGCAAUUUUUCUUUCCAUUACUCUUGUGACCUACAUAGCCUUCGAGAAAAUCCGAAGAGACUACCCCUCCAAAAUCCUUAUUCAGCUGUGUGCUGCUUUGCUUCUGCUCAACCUAGUUUUCCUCCUCGAUUCAUGGAUUGCUUUGUAUGAUACACGAGGCUUGUGCAUCGCAGUUGCUGUAUUUCUUCACUAUUUUCUCUUGGUUUCCUUCACUUGGAUGGGCCUAGAAGCUUUCCAUAUGUAUCUUGCCCUCGUGAAGGUCUUUAAUACCUAUGUACGGAAAUACAUCCUUAAAUUUUGCAUUGUUGGUUGGGGGGUACCAGCAGUAGUUGUGGCCAUUGUGUUGGCAGUGUCACCAGAUAAUUAUGGACUUAUAUCAACUGGAGCACUUUCAAACAACAGACCAGACGAAUUCUGCUGGAUUAAAAGUAGAAUAGCCUUCUAUAUUACUGCUGUGGGAUACUUCUGUGUGAUAUUCCUGAUCAAUAUCAGCAUGUUCAUCGUUGUGCUGAUCCAGCUCUGUCGCAUCAAAAAGAAAAAACACCUUGGUACUCAGAGAAAAACGAGUAUUCAGGACCUUAGAAGUGUUGCUGGUCUCACAUUUUUGUUGGGAAUUACUUGGGGAUUUGCCUUCUUUACAGUGAAUGAGGUAUUUACGUACCUCUUUACCAUUUUCAACACUCUGCAAGGGUUCUUCAUUUUCAUCUUCUAUUGCGUAACAAAGGAAAAUGUUCGUAAACAGUGGAGAAGAUACCUUUGUUGUGGGAAAUUCAGACUAGCUGAAAACUCUGACUGGAGUAGAACUGCUACUAAUGGUUUAAAGAAGCAGACUGUAAAUCAAGGAGUAUCCAGUUCUUCCAAUUCCUUACAAUCAAACAGUAACUCCACUAAUUCUACAACACUGCUAAUGAACAAUGAUUAUUCAGUGCAUGCAAAUGGCAAUGGCCAUCUUUCCAGUGAGAAGAACGGUGUUUCUUUCAUUGUACAGAAUGGUGACGUGUGUCUCCAUGACUUCUCAGGCAAACAAGUUGCACUUCAAGAAAAGGAUGAUACAGGCAGUCAAAAAAGCCGAAUCUCACUUAGAAGGACUUCAAAGAGGGGAAGCCUAACUUUCAUUGAGAAAAUGUGAUUUCCUUUUAAGCAGUACAUUGU